GUCGAGCAUGAAAGAGCUGGAGGACAACGUCAAAGUGUGGUGUCUGGACACUGUGGCGGCUCAGUAUCAGAGACAGCACCCGGAGCUCACUCCUCUACUUGAGAAAGAAGGAGAUUAAUUAUGGUGCAGAGGCAACAGACCCCUGUCCUGGAAGUUGAGGAUCCUGAAACCAAGGAGCACGAGGAGUGCUUUUGUGACAAGGUCAUGAGAUGGUUUCAGGCCAUGCUGCAGUGGCUGCAGACGUGGUGGCAGACGGUUGUGGCCUGGGUGAAGGAGAACGUGGAGGCCUUGGUCCAUGCAGUGCAGGCCCUCUGGAAAGAGUUGGAGAGUUUCUGCUGCUCUCUCACAGAGCUCUUCAUGUCCUUUUUACAUUCCCAAGGAGCCCCCGAGGGGAUGGAGGAGCUGACACCCCAGAAGUACUCUGAACCCCAAUGAAGCUACUGACACCACCUUUGCCCUCCCCCUCACUGUGCACCCACCCUGACCCUCUCCCUCAGCUCUCCUGUGCUCCGCCCCCCUCCCACACACCCAAUCUCCC